CACCCGUAUAUUUAAAAUAUUUCGUCGUUCAAAAACUCAUCAUACAGGCUGUAAAUUCUCCCAGUCUUUUUCCUUUAGUUUGCUCACUACUGAAAAAAAUUGAACAGAGGCGAAUCGAUCUCAAUUCAAAGAAUUCGUUGAUUAAGCCCGUGGUUCGUAAUCCUCAAUCCAAAGAAAAACUAAUCAGAUCCAAUUUACCUGAGUAUCCUCUCAUGUAAAAAUUCUAUAGUGCAGGAGAUUUAAAACGUGAAUUGCAAAAAUGCAAGGAAUAUGUUCAUCUUCAGAGUCAUCACAGGGCAAGGCAUGGAUCGUUCACGGUUUGUUAGCAGGAGCAGCUGCAGCAAUUGGACUGUACAUGGUCGUCAGGUCGAACCGUGGCCGCAACAGAGUAGUAGGAAUUAUCCCCGCUCGCUAUCGCUCUUCUCGCUUCGAAGGAAAACCCUUGGUUCCUAUCCGAGGAAAACCUAUGAUCCAGAGGACUUGGGAGAGAGCAAAGAUGGCUUCCACUCUAGAUAAUGUAGUUAUUGCAACAGAUGAUGAAAGGAUUGCUGAAUGCUGCCUUGGCUUUGGAGCAAAUGUGGUCAUGACAUCUGAAGCAUGCCGAAAUGGCACUGAACGCUGCAAUGAGGCAUUGAGAAAGCUGAAGAAGAAAUAUGACAUAGUUGUUAACAUCCAGGGAGAUGAACCACUUAUUGAACCUGAGAUUAUUGAUGGUGUUGUCAGAGCUUUACAGGGAGCUCCCGAUGCUGUUUUUAGCACUGCUGUCACAUCUUUGAAUCCAGAAGAUGCUCUUGAUCCUAAUAGGGUGAAAUGUGUUGUUGAUAUGCAUGGCUACGCAAUCUACUUUUCAAGGGGCUUAAUUCCAUAUAACAAAGAAGGUGUAGUAAAUCCAAAAUUUCCUUACCUUCUUCAUCUUGGGAUUCAGAGCUAUGAUGCUAAAUUUUUGGGGGUCUAUCCUCUGCUUCAACCAACACCUCUCCAACUUGAAGAAGAUUUGGAACAGCUAAAAGUGCUUGAGAAUGGCUACAAAAUGAAGGUAAUAAAGGUCCAACAUGAUGCACAUGGUGUUGAUAUUCCAAGUGAUGUUGCAAAGAUUGAGGCACUAAUGCAAGAAAGAAACAUACCCUAGUUCCAAUUUCAAAUUUUCCAAAUAUCCAUAUUAGAUAAUAUUUCUUAUGAUGUUUGUGACUUUUGGGACACAAGCAAAAAGUGACGAGUCACGUGCUAUAACUUUCCAAAGACAUCAGAAGCAUUUUCUAUUAGCUUUUGAGUGUACUGACUUCCCAAGAUAUCAGAAGCGUUUUCUAUUAGCUUUUGAGUGUAGUGACUUUCACAUUGGAAGCCUUUGUUGCCUUUGUUGAGAAAAAGCAUAGCUCGAAAUAUUACCAUAAUUCAUUUCGUUGCGUCUCAAUAAUACAUGAUAUCUAUUUCUGAAUAUGCUACAUUUUUUAAAUUGGAUUAAUUUCGUUCAAGGUGA